UUUUUUUUAUAUAUUCAUUUUGACAUCUCCCAUGAAGUUACAGACAGCAAAGCUAUUUUGGAAGGAUCUGGUAAUUUCGCCCAAAGAACUAAGAUUAGACACUUUGCGUUGCGGACAGUCCUUUCGUUGGAAACAAGUCAAUGGACACUGGGCCUCUGUCUUACAUGGAAGACUAGUUGUACUAAAAGAGACUCCUGCAACGAUAUUGUAUGGAUACGAUAAGGACCUGGAUGAAAAAGCGAUUUUGGAGAUUCGAGAUUAUUUUCAACUUGACAAGGUGUCAUUGGAAAAGUGUUAUAAAGAUUGGUCCAAGAUAGACAGUAAUUUCUCGAAAAAGUCCAUUCAUUUUGCCGGUAUUCGUAUACUGCGACAAGAUCCCUGGGAAAAUUUGAUUUCGUUUAUUUGUUCCAGUAACAACAAUAUCACCCGCAUAUCACAAAUGAUUGACAAACUGUGUAAAAGGUUCGGUAAGAAAGUAGGCACGCUAGAUGAAACAGAAUUUUACGAUUUUCCAACCUUGGAUCAGUUCGUGUCGCAUGAUCAUACGGAAUCAACGUUGAGGGAAUUAGGGUUUGGUUACAGGGCAAAAUAUAUUGCAAAUACAGCUAAAAUGAUCAAAUCGGAUCAUGCCCCAUUGGGUGAAUUAUGGUUACAUACCUUGCGAUCCGUGACGUAUCCUGAGGCAAAAGCCAGUUUAAUGCAACUUCAAGGUGUUGGUCCUAAAGUCGCUGACUGCGUGUGCCUGAUGUCGUUGGAUCAUUCAGAGGCGAUUCCCGUGGACACACAUGUUUGGCAAAUUGCACUAAGAGACUACGGCUUUAAUAAACGUGGAAAGACCCUCACGAGUCAACUCUAUAUCCAGGUUGGGGAUCAUUUCCGUUCCUUAUUUGGGAAAUAUGCCGGCUGGGCCCACUCGGUUUUAUUCACUGCGGAUCUCAAGAGCUUUUCACCACAAAAGAGAAAGUUAGAGGAUGUCAAACUGGAAGAAAAAAGAGAGAUUUUAAAAACCCCUUAAAUUUGGGCUGAAUAAAAAUCAUCAUAGAAAUGUUUCAUGUUACAUGCAAC